AUGCCUCGGUAUGGCGCCCCAACUGCCAUGGGCAGCGCCAAAACACCCUUCCCUACUCGACAGAUGGCCGUACUGGCCCUGUGCCGGAUAUGCGAACCCAUCGCCUUCAUGUCGAUCUUUCCCUAUGCCUACUUCAUGGUCGAAUCCUUCAUGAGUGGCCAGAGCUCAGCCCAAAUUUCAAUGUACACGGGCAUGGUUACUUCGUCAUUCGCCUUCAUGGAGUGCAUCAGUGGCAUUUUCUGGGGCCGACUCAGCGACCGAGUUGGACGGAAGAAGGUGCUGCUCGGGGGCCUUCUGGGCACGGGGCUGAGCAUGCUUCUUUUCGGCUUCUCCCAGAGUCUGCCAAUGGCGCUCAUUGCCCGGGCUCUCGGGGGUUUGCUGAACGGGAACAUCGGCGUACUCCAAACCACCGUCGCAGAAUUGAUCACGGAUGAGCGACACCAGCCUCGCGCUUAUUCCAUCAUGCCCUUUGUUUGGUGCCUUGGGUACGCUUUCUCCUUCGGCUUCCCCCAUUUGUCCUUGGCUGACCGCUCAUUUUGCAGCACCAUUAUUGGCGGAGCCCUUGGCGGCUUGCUUGCCCGCCCUGCCGACGUAAUGCCUUUUUUCAAAGCCACCAUCUUCGAAACGUACCCGUUUCUUCUUCCAAACCUUGUAUGCACUGGUUUUGUUAUUCUCGGACUCACGGUCGGCAUCCUGUUCCUCGAGGAGACUCACGAAGAUCGCAAGUACGAUCAAGAUCGCGGCCGCGAGGCUGGCCAAUGGCUGCUCCGCAAGCUCUGGAAGCGCGAUGCAGAGCAAACUUUUGACGACAAGGAUGCCUCACUAGACGAAAUGACAUCGAUGCUCAACGACCACGACCACAAUGCCCAGGCAUACCGCAGUACUGAGACUUCGCCCACGCUCUGCAGCACUCGCACCUCGAUUUCGGAAUUGCCCGACUUCUCCCUCGACAAGGAACUCCCACCCGCGCCUACGAUCCGACAGGCUUUUUCCAAGCAAGUGUGCAUCAACGUGGUAUGCUACGGCAUCCUCGCAUUCCACACAAUCUCGCUCGAGCAGCUUCUGCCCAUUCUCAUGUCCAAGAAGCUGCCCUCUGGCGACGACCAGCAUCUUCCCUUCCACUUUGAGGGCGGAUUCGGAUGGUCGACUCAGACUACCGGGGCUUUCCUUGCUGCCCAGGGCUUCCUCCAAAUGUUCGCUCAGGUCAUUGUCUUUCCCUGGCUUAGCAAGAAGCUUGGCAGCCUUCGCACCUUCUGGAUCACGCUUUCCUGCUACCCUAUCCUCUACCUCCUGGCUCCGUAUCUGGCCAUUCUUCCUGAGAGCCUCCGCAUCCCUGGACUCAUGGUUUUGCUCAUCGCCAAAGUUACCUUCCAGUCGCUCUCGUAUCCCUCUCUGGCCAUCAUCCUCGCAAACUCAUCUCCCUCGAAAAAGGUGCUCGGUACGCUCAACGGUGUUGCCAUGUCUUCUGCAAGCAUUGCGCGCGGUUUCGGUCCUACUGUUUCCGGCGCCGUUGACAGCCUAGGCACCUCACUGCACAUGUCGGGCCUCGCAUGGUGGACCAUUGCUGCAGUAGCCUUUCUCGGCUGGCUUCCCGGAUUCGCUCUGCAGGAGGGCAACAAGCGACCCAACUUUACUUGCCAGGACGACGAGGAGGCCCUUCUAGACAACGACUCUGACGCCGAUUCCAUCAUCACCCUUACCCCGGAUGAGACGGUAGACACCGUUCUCGCAAAAUAG